UUUAGGGAUUAAGGCGGGAAGUAAAUCGAAACAAAAAACAUCAGUGAAGUGGUUUUGUUUUAGUAUUUUCCCGAGGGUACCACAUUGGACAUCGAAGAGGUUUUGAUGUGUUAAACCGGAAACUUAAUUGAACCAAAAUCAGAGUGAACAGUCACAACUCACAGAUCUGCUAGAAAUGUCUGAUUAUUUGCCACAAGAAUUGAUGAUUGACAUCUUCACAAGACUACCCGUCAAGUCAAUCCUUCGAUGCACAAGUUUGUGCAAGACAUGGUACUCUCUUCUUACUAGCCCUGUUUUUAUCUCCAUGCAUCUCAACCGAAAACAGGAUGAGCACAUCCUAAUUCAAUAUUACUCUAGAAACCCAGAUGAAGAAGUAUAUGGUUUAUUCUGUGACGACGAGAAUUUGAAUCAGUAUGCCCAGUUUGAUUUGCCAUUUAAGCGGACUAGCCGUUACUUUAAUAUUGUGGGUAGUUGUAACGGUCUUUUGUGCCUUGCAGACGGUCACAACUGUUACCGGAAACAUUUUUAUCUUUGGAACCCAUGCAUCAGAAAGUCUGUAAAACUCCCAACACCAAUUUAUACAUUUAAGACACACGGUACCUGUGAUCAUACACAGGGGUUUGGAUUUGAUCAUGUUACUAAUGACUACAAGGUGGUAAGAAUAGUACAAACUACUUAUUGUCUACUGCCACCUAAUGUUGAGCUUUAUAAGCUAAGCACUGGUGUUUGGAAAGACAUUAGUCAUGGCGCUCUGUCUUGUCAAAUCUUUAGUAGUACGCCGCAUUAUAUGAAUGGAGCUUCCCAUUGGAUUGCUUUCAAGUGUGGAGACGAACCAACUCGGAGUAUGAUUGUUUUGUUUGACAUGCAUGAUGAGACAUUCUCGGAGAUGAUGUUGCCAAGUAACUUAACUAGUAAGGUAGGACAAUGUGAUGAUAUGUUUCUUUCCAUGUUAGACGAAUCACUUUGUUUGGUUGAUAAUAACUAUAAUGAAAGUAAACCUGUUGACAUUUGGAUCAUGAGAGAUUAUGGUGCACCAGAAUCAUGGGUGAAACAGUUCAGCAUCAGUUCUCUUACCCUUAAACGAAAUGUUACUCUUCAUGGUGACAUUUCCGGAACAGCUUUUAAUGGAAGGUCUGUUUCAGAUGAGCUUGAGGUUACUCAUGACCUGGUGAAGCCAAUGGCUAUAAGGAAAAAUGGUGAAAUCGUAUGUAAGACGAACCGUAGAUUAUUGGUUUCAGGUGAUCAUGUAGUCGGAAAGCUUAAAUAUAUUGGCAUUGAUAACUCUACAAAUGGUUGGUGUCACAAUCCACUUUAUCUUAAUUAUUACAAAGAGAGCCUUGUUUUACCUGAUAAAUGGACAAAUAAUUGUGUUGGAGAUGCUUGUGAGGAGUCAUCCGAUUUAUGUAAGAGAGAGCGCAAAGAUGGGAGAAGAAAGCUCUUAAGGGGAAAAACUAAAAAUAGAAUGCGGAUUGCAUCUCUCUUGCACAUGAGUGGAUUGCUUUACGUGUCAAAAAUGAAAAAAAAAAUGGCUGCAGGAGAAGAAAAGGAAGAACAUGCAAGUCAAAAGACCUCCGUUGUCCAAUUAACUAUGUUGCACUUGAUCCAUUGCCCGUGGUGAUGUUUUAACUUUUGGAAAAUGCAUGACAAAGUUAAUAGUGGAGUUGAUUACUAGAGUUUUGCAUAUUCUAUAUAUGAAACAGUCACAAACUUACAAAAGUUUAUUUGUGCAUAUUAUUCUUGAAGUCCUUUAUCCCAGGAUCUGGCUGACACUGUAGACCUCCUUUAAUGUAUUGGAAAAGUUUCCAUGUGUCAGAACUCAGAAGUGUAUGGCAAUUGGAAACUUUUGAUACUCUAGGGUACUGAAAUUCUUGCUGUAAAUCUUAUUGUGUUAACUACUUUCUAGGUACAUCUUUUGUGCAUGAUACUUCUAAAGUUUGUUUGAUCUUUCCAUCUAUCUAGGAUUAUGGUUAAAAAAUUGACUUACUGCUUCUAGCCUCUACCCUCCCGAUACCCUACUUUGUGGGAUUUCAUUGGGUAUAUUGUUGUUGUUG